UUUUGAAAUUUAGUCGACUUCACGAUCACGAAUCCACGAGAUAGCAAAGACAGUGGAGUUUUGGCGGGCAAUAUUUACAGAAACUAUGAUUUUUUUCUUUCCACAAAUUGAAACCUUUCAUUUGAAGUGAACAAUUUUAUUCUGAUGCUUUGUACUUCGUGAUAGUAAAUUGAGAAGAAAAUGGAUGCCGAAAACAGUCAAUUUUGCGUAAAUAUUUUUUGUGUAAUGCCCAAUAAUUCCACCGAGGCCACCUGUCCCAAAGACUUGUUUCGAGCCCACGAAUGUUGCAAGGAAAAUGGUUUCAAUGUAAAUUGGAUUCAAGAAGAAGCUUGUAUGAAGUUAAAGCCAUGCAAAGAAGAUGUUUUUAUCUUGUCCGAGUUUGUUGGGCCAUUGUUUGAGUUUCUUCGACAGUUAAAAUGCACUGUCAUUGGCCCACAGUGCUUACUGGUUUCUGUUAUUAAAGGAGAACCUCUCCCAGAUGUCCCUACACCAGUCUUCACUGUUGCAAUGAAGGGAAUCAUUGUCACCACAACAGGAUGCACCCCUCAAGAGAAGAAGGAAAUUCAAGAGAAAGUCCAAUACAUGGGUGGACUUUACUCAUCAGCGUUUUCUACAAAUGUCACCCAUCUCAUUGUGAAGAGUGUAGCUGAUUUUAGUUUGAAAUUCAAAGUGGCCAUAAAAAAAGACAUCCCUGUCAUGAUUCCCAAUUGGGUUGAUGCUGUAUGGAAUGCCAGUAUCAAAGAAAGUGUCCAUGGAACAGAUCCUAUGUUUGCCAGAUAUGCUUGCCCUCCAUUCCAGGGAUUGGUCAUAUGUGUUUCCCAGAUUCCAGCCAAGGAUCGCGAAGCCCUUAAGAAGAUCAUUGAAGCUAACGGUGGAAGAUACUCUGGCCAGCUCGAAUUGGGUAAAACGAAUAUUCUUAUUACCACCUCGGCCGAAGGAGAGAAAUAUACUUAUGCUAAACGUUGGAAGAUACGUUGCCUUAAACCAGAGUGGAUCCACACUUCAUUAAAUAAAGGCUACGCUGCUGAUCCAGACUCUUUCAUCAUGGAGUCCAAGACUACUAAUCCUCCUAGAUGUUCAACUCCAGAAGCAGAUCAUUCCGUCAUGAAAUUCGGCAACUCAAGUAUCAACAGUACCAUUAUGAACGAGAGCCGGGUUCAAUAUAUUGACGAAACUGUUGGGUCUACAACUUCUAAUUUAUCCAUCCAACAUUCCGAUUCUCGAGCCACAGAAGCUCUCGACACUUUAGACUUGGCUAUUUCUAAGAAAGCCGGACCUUUUCUGGAUGGCUGUAAAGUGUUUAUUAGUGGUUUUGAUGGCCCACACAUGGAAAAACUAAGGCGUAUUCUCAAUAAUGCUGGUGUAGCUCGCUUUAACAGUAUCAGCGAAUCACUAUCUCACGUCAUCGUUGGAAAAACUGUUGAAGAGGAUUGGAAACAACUCCAACAGUUGAUGCACAAGCCUUACGUCGUAACUGUAGAAUGGGUUGCCCAGAGUUUGAGAUUAAAAAGAGCCGCUCCAGAAGCUGCAUUUUUGCAUCCCGAUUUUAAGAACGUGAUCGCUCCCAAUAAGGAAAACGCCUCAAAGAAAUCUAUACCAGAACCGUCAAAUAACUUUCAGGAGGAUUCACAGAUGGUUCAGCAGUACUUGACAACAGACCAUACAGAAGAAGAAGAGGUUGCAUCAUUAAUGAACCGCCCUCAAGGCAUAUUUUCUGGCUUAACUUUCCAACUUUUUGCACUGGAUGCUGAAACUGUUUCGGUUAUGACUGAUCUUAUUUUAAGCAACGGUGGUCGUGUGGUAGCAAAGAACGGAAGGUACGUAGUUACCGAACCUGUUAGCCACACCGCUGUGCUUGUGGAUCAAGAUGGAACGUAUACUGUGGUCAACACUUUGUGGAUUGAAGAUUGCGUUGAUGAAGAGCGCUUAGUGGACAUCGAAAAUUAUCACCACCACAUCAACGUCAGAGACAAACUAAUUCUGGACGGCUACACCGUUUCUUACAGCGGCAUUCAAGGUCGAAUGAGAGAAUUGCUAGAUAUUCUAAUCGUCCAGCUUGGUGGUCGACCACAAGAGACUUUUUCUCGCAAAUUGAUGGAAGAAAAAAAAGUAUACCGCUCUACUCACCUCGUUUGCGCCAAAACAGAAGGAAGGAAAUACGAAAAGGCCCUUGAGUGGGGGGUUCCGGCCGUCAGCGCUGAAUGGGUCAUUGCUUGUGCCACCUCUAGCACACGACCUAAGGAAGAAGAUUAUCCUCCGACAGGUGAACCUGUUAAGCCACAAGAACUGGAAGAGUCUGUUCCAACUCCGGAAACUGUUGUCAGGCCCUCUCGACAACCUGCAGAGUCUGUCGUUUUGAAGACUUUGAAGCAGAAACAGUCAGAAACACCUAGUGCCCGCCGUUUACCGGCUCACUUUGAUAUGUCUUCGCCGCAUACUCCAGUGACCUCAGCGACUCCUACCAUGCCCCCACGGCCGGCUGUCUCUGACACUCCUACGUGUUUACAACAGAAUCCGUUUAGUGCAAAUAAUAUUGGUAGAACACCUCAAGCUCGACCAUCUCUUUUUAACAUGCCUACACCCGAUACACCAUAUGGAAGGCUUUUAAACCCGGACCCGUCACCCGAAACUCGAAAAGUGUGGAAACAUGCAUUGGAAAAUCGAGUUCGUUUUACGCCUCGCGCGGACGAAUCCCUUAACGUUACCCCACAAGAUAUUCAGAAAGGAGAAAUUGUGGUCUCCCCCGAAGACUCAGAUUAUUUCCUGAAUUUACGGAAAAAAUUACGUCUUGAUGAAAAUGGAGUUGAAGCACAAGCCAUGUGGAAACCGGAUGAGGAAAAUUCAGCGGCAGCAUCACCCUUAGAACCACCAAAGCCACCUUUUCAUGGAGUGGUGGCAUUCAUACACAAGAAAGUUGAAGACCAAAGAACCGAGUUAACCAAAGCAGUUGAGCAUCUAGGUGGCAAGGUUCGUUUCCAACACUGCGAGGAGGUAACUCAUUUCAUAUAUCAGGGCAAGCUAGCUGCAUCAAAAGAGAUUCGAAGCGCAAAAGAUUGGCACCAGAAAUUUGUCUCACCACAAUGGAUCUUUGACUGUGAAGAUACUUCGAAUCGUCUAGAAGAAUCGCAUUAUCCACCAUCUUUGAAUCCGAAAAUGGCUUUGUCACUGAAUUUCAAUUCGCAACCUGCACCGCCGUCUAGUUGUACCCAGAAGCGACGCCUUCCUGCCAGUUCCAGCGAAACGGGUACUCCUAGAAUUCCUUCCCGUAAGCGCUUAUCAUCUGAUAGUGAGCCACGUGAAAACGACCUUCUUGAAACUAAUGAAGAACAAGAGAAUCUUGUCGUCCCAGACGUAGAGGAAGAAGCAUGCAAAGAACUUUUGCAACUAGACCAAGUGCUAUCACGUUCAGCUGAGCAGAUUCCUCUGCAAAAGGUUACAAACGUUUCGGGGGCUAGAAACGGUAGAGGACCUGAACACGUCUUUGUUCCCGCAACGCAACCUCUGGAAACGGUAGAUUCGCAAUCUGCUCCAAUUGUGUGGGAUCUUCACGAGACACAAAAGCCAACCGGUUCACAGCUAAACAAUACUCAGACGUAUCGUGUCAUGUUCUCUGGAAUGGCACUAGACGAUCGUGACAGCUGUACUGCUGUUAUCGAAGAGUUGGGAGGAACCGUUCUUGAAUCCAACCAAUACGACCCAACGUGUACUCACCUUGUCGUCGCCAAAGUUGGAUCUAAUGAAAAAUUGUUGACGUCGAUCGCUGCUGGAAAAUGGAUUCUUCAUCCAGAAUGGCUGAGUGAAAGCGAAAAAGAAAAACGUUUCCUUGAGGAAGCUAAAUUUGAAUGGGGCAAUCCAGAAGCCACGGUGGAUUACCCAGAAUCCGAAUCCAUUACCGAGGACGAAGCUAACAUUGCUGCGGCUGCACAUUAUUGGCGUAUUAAUCGCAGUCAAGGAGUAUCUGGUGGCCCUUUUCACGGAAUUACCGCUGUUUUAUACCUUCGUGAGAAAAAUGCUUCUUUCCAGCGUUUACUUGAAGCUGGUGGCGGAAAGGUGGUUGACCAAGGUUCGGCUUUGGAAAACAAGAAGACGAACUUGUGUAUUUUGGAUUCUCGCGAAGCGAAAAAGUUGCAGUUGUCAUCGUUUGCCAAUGUAGGCAUUUAUUGCGUUCCAUUGAUUUAUCUCAGAAAUCUUGUUCUGGCUACUGACAAGAAGUUAAAAUGGAGCAAGUCUGUUUUACAAGAAUUUCUUCCUUAUCUCGAAAACAUGCCUUCUUCUUAACUAUCUUUCUUUUUAUUUGAAUAAUCUAAUGUGAAAAAUACCCUUUUUUAAAGAAAAUGUUUAAAGAUACUUAGAUAAGUCCAUGAAAUACAAUCAUUUCUAGUU